AAUUGCAGUUAUAUAUGCUUUAUAAUUGUUAAAUAUGUAAUUCAAUAAAUUAUAUUUGAUUUUUUAAAAAUUUUUAUUGAAGUCAUUCAUAGACAUAUUGUAUAAAUUAAAUUUGUGAUAUUUUUACUGUAUAUGACGUAACAAUAAUUAUGACAACUAGUGUUGAAAAUCUAGAAGUUUUGCAGGCAUUGAAUCAAAUGCCCGAUUGUUUGCCACCGAUGACCGAACAAGUAGUGGCCAUUGAUGAACGAUAUGUUCUCUAUAGACCGGAUCUCGAUUGUGAUAACACAGUAUUACCAAAGCCCUAUCCCGAUCAGUAUGUCGACCAUUGGGAUGAAAAUCAUGUAAAGAUGCCGAACAGUCCCGAAAAUAUUGUCAUAACCGACGGAAAGUUAGCACAAACUGAUCAAACAUAUUGGAUGGUUAUUACCGAAAGUUUAUCGGCCGAAAUCAAAAGUGCCGAACAAUUUGAAAGAGCAAUCAAAGCAUAUAAUCCGGAUAUCGGCGACAAAAAGUUUGAUGUUUUCGAAACGUUUGUCACAAAUAUCUGUAACGAUCGGGAAAGGGAUGAACUGUUUAAUGAAAUUAUACCACAAAUGUCUCGAUUGGCAUUAAGUUUGCCUAAAAUUGUCACCCAAUCGAUUCCACUGUUAAGACAACGACAAAAUCGGACAUUAUUUCUCAGUCAACAACAGUGCGCCUGUCUUUUGGCGAACAGUUUUUUGUGUACUUUUCCUCAACGAAAUCAAUGCAAAGGCCCGAACCAGAACCUACCGGUGACCAACUUCUUGAGUUUGUUCACAAAUCACGGUCAACGAGGAGCUGACUCGACAACAAAACUACAGAAAUUGAAAUGUAUUGUCAACUAUUUUCGUCGUGUAAUCAGAAAUAUGCCCACAGGAGUGGUCAGCUUUGAACGCCGUUAUCUUCAGUACAACGAUCUGCCCGAUUGGUCUGAGUCGGAAAAAACUAUCCGAAAACUGGUACCUAUGACUGAGGGAUUAAUAGAGACGGAAGGUUCGGGAUUCAUGCAAAUAGAUUUUGCCAAUAAAAACAUUGGCGGCGGUGUCUUAAGUCGCGGUUGUGUUCAGGAAGAGAUCCGAUUUGUUAUAAAUCCAGAACUAUUGGUCGCCCGAUUGUUUACCGAACGCCAAUUGGGUACCGAAGCCGUCCAUAUAUACGGUACCGAACAGUUCAACACUUACUCAGGCUAUUCAAAGACAUUCAAAUGGACGGGUGAUUAUGUGGAUCAAACACCAUCAGAUCAAGGGAGACGUCGCGCCACCCGUAUUAUAGCCAUCGAUGCGCUGCAUUUUUCGCACGGCAAUAAACACGUGCAAUACGGCCGCGAAAAGUUUGAACGCGAAUUGAAUAAGGCUUUCGCAGGUUUUCUGGACAGAGAUACCAAUGAACCCGAAUACCUGAGCGCUAUUGCGUCGGGCAAUUGGGGUUGCGGUGCAUACAAUGGCGACCCGGAGCUUAAAACGUUGAUCCAGUUGAUGGCAUCCUCGCAGGUGAACCGUGAUUUAGUAUACUUUACGUUCAAUAAUCCAAAACUCAAGACACGGUUGGAUAAUAUCAAUAAGUUUAUUGUCGACACAAACAUAAAUGUGGGACAAUUGCAUCGGGCACUGAUAGCAUACGCCGACUACAGAAGCCAAGUUUACUAUAUUAUACUAUAUUGCAAAACAAGUAAUGCUACUUAA